CACCGAUAGCAGCAAACAACCAGCUCCUCGAAUUGUCCAACAUGCCGGUUCCAUGGGAGUCGCUCAUUCCGUUUGGCCUCGUAACCAUUAUGUUCGGUGUAACUGGGACCGGGCUUCUUUUCUCAAAAAAGGCACAAAAUGACUGGAAGCCUCCCCGGUAUGGCAUUGAUAAAUGGGACGAGAUGAUGAUGACACGCGAUGAGAAAUUAACAGGAUCACUCCGAGGACAAAGUUCAGAGCCGAUAGCGCCGGAUAGCUAUAAUAAUAUCUUCCACAAAUCAAAGUAACACAGCUUCGGUCACUGCUCCUGUACUCUGACUCUCAAAAUCCAAUGCCAUCAAAACUGC